CUUAAUCUUCUCCGCUCCUCUCCGCUUGUGGUCACGAGCUGGAUACCGUGCCUCUGGCUCGUUGUCACUCAAAAUUCCUUCUCGCCUCACCUACCACUAUAACUUGCACUUUGCCUUGAUUUAUUUGGCAACAUGGUCAAGAAAACAACAGGAAAGAGGCCGAAAAAGCGAAACAUCGUCCGCUGGGAUGAAAACCUCGAUGAGCUCCUUCUGUUGACCAUCCAAUCGGUCUGCAAUGCUAAAUCAGUUAAGAUUCCCUGGGCUGAAGUGGCUGCAACCAUGGGUCACCAUACCACUGAGGGCGCAAUUACCCAGCAUCUUGCAAAGCUGCGCAUCCGCCGCAUACAGGCUAACAAGCAGGUCCCUCCGCCCUUGAGGAGGGGUUCCGUUAUUGGUAAUUCUAAGCUCUUGGGAGUUUCAAAUACCAAACCCCCCAAGGCGAAUGGCCAAGUCGACAACGAUGACAGCUCAGACGAAGAGUGGGUCGAGAACAGAAGCUUAUCGCGACGUAGGGCUAGCACGAAAAGAAAGAAGCCACGAAUGAACUAUGCAGAAUUGCAGGAUGCCGGUUACGAAGAGGAAUCCGAUGACAGUGGUGAGGAAUUAGUAGCGCCUGGGGCAGAUUUUCUUGAGUUGCCCAACGACAAGCAACAGGAAGCAGCGCGCACACCAAUUCACACCAGCAAGUUAGUCUCCUACAAGUGUCCAAAGUCAUUCCUUGCUGGGCUUGACAAAAUGCCGAAAGAAGAAUCUUUCCAGGCAGCUCUGCCCAGAACCCCCACCCUGAAACCAGAGCCAGCCCUAAAGCGAGAGGCAGCCGUGAAGCCUGAACCAGCGACACCAAGCCGCGGUGUCUACGAGACUUUCCCGAAUGAGGCGUUCGUCAGCCAGGCAAAUCUUCCCACAGGAUUUAGUUCCCCAAUUAGCAAUGCUGGUCCGGCACAUAGUGGCUUUGCUGCACAUGCCGACUUUCCUCUCCAUGUCCCUGCUGCUCAAACCUCGGUGGACGCAAACACAAUGUAUAUACCUACCGGCAACCUAGCUCUCGACCUGCCACCAAUUGGAGAUAUUUACUCGGAUCCUUUUGUUUCAGAGCCGUUUACUAUGGCUAGUUCCUUCCCGUCACUCCAGGGGUACCAGCAGGAACAGCCGCUUUUUCCAAACCAUGGGUUUCAAGAAAUGCUUGGGGAGUAUCUCAUGCAACCUGAAGAGUCCGAAUGGUAUUGUGGACAGCAAGAAUAGUAGCCUGAUGGUUACCUUGACAUAUGAUGAGAUUUACGGAGUAGUAUACUGGGUUUU